AUGACCAGAACUAACAAAUGGACCGUUCACGAAGCCAAGGCCGAAUCCCACUAUUUUACACAUAACGGAACCUACGGUAAGGCACCCAAUGGCGUCAAGAAAAUGGGUUCCGGUAAGGGCAACUGGGGCAAACUCGGCGACGAAAUAGAAGACCUUAUUGACGACGGCGAGAUCCCACCCAUUUUCAACAAGGACAGACGUGGGUCCAAUGUCCAAUCGCACGAAAACAGGUACGAACAGGUACAGCAUCACGAGAACUAG